CGGCAAUCUCGCAAGAUGAUCCAGCGACUCCAGCUCGGCACCGACCGACGGCAUCUCUCCAAACUUAUGAGCGACGACAGCAGCGAGUCGGAACGGUCGGCCAGAGUCGCGCCCCGGGACCUCGCCUCCCCAGACUUUGAUCGCAUCCUCGGUCGCAAGAGCAGCGCCGGCUUGGACGCCAAAGCGACGACGGACGCCAAGGGGGUCGUGGACGGUACCACGGUCGUGACGGUCGUCGCCUCGAACGAAUACGAAGAUGUGCCGCACGAUGUCUACGUGGCCGAGCCCAAGUCGCCGGCCCGCAGCAUCGGCAACAGCAUCCACUCGUUCAUUUUUGGCAUCAAGAACGGUAACAACCCAACCAAGCGGUCGGCGCCACCGCCGAGUCCGCCGACGCAGCUCCGUCACGAGGCCAAGGGACGCAACAACGCGCCUCUGGUGGUGCGCAAGCCCGUCAAGUCGUGGGACGAACCCAACCCGAGCAUGGCGCCAGCGGACGAGGAGACAACCAUCGAAGCGUUUUCAUGA